AUGAGGACAACAAGGCGAGCCAGCACCGUGGAGGUACCUUCCUUCCUGCGCCAGCUUGUCAAAGAGACUGAGAAAAUGGUCACUUUCUUUUUUAAAGGAGGGCAGGGUGACCAAGAUGCAGACUCAGACUCUGAAGAUGACAAUGAUGAUGUGGAGGAAAUACCCAGCCCAUACCUAGAGAGACCUGUCUUACAGAAACACACAUCAGAGGGCAAGUCAAAGUGGGGCAUUACCUAUGCUAUGGCCAACAUGCAGGGAUGGCGUGCCCAGAUGGAGGAUGCCCACACGUGUAUGCCUGAGAUGGCUAAUGGGCUUUCAGAUUGGAGUUACUUUGCUGUGUUUGAUGGACAUGCAGGGAACACUGUGGCCCGAUAUUGUUCAACACAUCUGCUUGAUCACAUUCUUGCUACAGGGGGCAUAACUGCAGAGGAAAAUGUGGAGCAAGUGAAGGAAAGCAUCAGAGUUGGCUUCUUAAACAUCGACCGCCACAUGCAUAACCUCACCCGCAGUAAUGGCUGGGACCGCAGUGGAUCCACAGCAGCCACGGUCAUGAUCUCUCCACACAACAUCUACUUUAUUAACUGUGGCGACUCCCGUACUUUUCUCUGCCGUGAUGGCCAGGUGGUCUUCUACACAGAGGACCACAAGCCUUGCAAUCCACGUGAGAAAGAACGCAUCCAGAACGCAGGAGGCUCAGUCACUCUCCAGCGUGUCAACGGCUCCCUGGCUGUGUCCAGAGCCCUCGGAGACUUCACCUUUAAAGAGGUAGAGUGGAGGACCCAGACAGAGCAGCUGGUUUCCCCUGAACCAGAAGUUUAUGAUCUGGAGCGCUCACCUAGUGAUGAGUUCCUGGUGGUGGCUUGUGAUGGAGUCUGGGAUGCCAUAAGCAAUGAAGAGCUGUGUGCUUUUGUGCGCAACCGUCUUUCAGUGUGUGAUGAUCUGCGGGAAGUCUGCACCCAGGUCAUCGAUCUCUGCCUCUAUAAGGGAAGCCUGGACAACAUGAGCAUCAUAAUUAUCUGCUUCAGUGGUGCACCUCAAGUGACACCUGAAGCAUUACAGCAAGAGACAGAACUGGAACAACUCCUAGAUCUUAAAGUGGAAGAGAUCAUUCAGGUAAUCAGAUCUAAAAACGAAGACCCAGAUCUGCUGUAUGUGAUGAAGUUUCUGGCCACAGAGAACAUUCCUGGACUUCCACCAGGAGGUGGUAUCACGAGCAAGAGAGACUGCAUCAUCGCUGCUUACCAAAAAUAUUCAGCAGCAUUCAGAACUCAGGAGCCAAUGGAUAUUGGUGGCUCAGAAGACUCAAACUAG